AUGGAGUGGCCUCGAGGGGCCAUUACAGUGAGCGUUGAUGAUAUUAUGCAAUUUAUCGAGGUGUUCCACAUACGAAUUUCCUUCUUCUACGCAUUUUCAUUUUUAGAUCUAUACCUGGCUUUUCGUGACGCUCUCGGUGCUUGUCGCGUUGCUAUCUCUUGUUGUAUUCUUGAUCACUCCUUCACGCUCGCGCUUCGAGAAGACGCCAGCUUUGCGUGCGGCAAAAUCUCCACCUACUGA